CACCCAUAAACGCAUGUUAUUUGAGGCUUGCUUUUAAUGCAUUUGAUAGCUGCACUUCGUGCAGGAUAGUUCCAUCAUUUUACAUGAUUACUUUAUCGCAGACACAGUGAAAGAGUGAGUGUCUGUGCAACAAAACACAGUAAAGAGAGAGAAUAACAAUAUGCCACAGGGUAGGGAAAGAGAGGGAGAAAAAGAGAUGUGAGAUGGACUAGUAUUUCAUUUACUGAUUUUACAGCUUUGUGUGGGUCCCAGUGAGAGCGGGAACGAGGGAGAGUGCGAAGAAGAUAGGGUUGACUACAAACAGAGCCCAGGGAGGGAAGGAGAGUAGCGCUAGGUGUCCUAUUCAUUUACUGUUAGAGGAUCCAAGGACGUCUGCCUUUUAAUCCUGAGCCUAAUUGCCAUCGGACACUUUUGAGGACUGUUUUUGGAGGGGAAUUGAUUAUGGCCAGUUCCCUGUACUUUAUCCUCCCGGCCCUAGGGGGCUACACCCUGACGUCACUCUACCUGUUGAAGAACCCUCAGAUCCUCCACAAGAAGAAACGUGCUGCCUUCCACUGCACCCACAUCUCACACAGAGGAGGAAGCGGCGAGAGGAUAGAGAGCACCAUGGAGGCCUUCACACAUGCGGUGGAGCAGGGUACUGGAAUGCUGGAGCUGGACUGUCACCUGACUCGGGACGGUCAUGUGAUCGUGUCACAUGACGAAAACCUCCUGAGGCAGACCGGCCAUGAUGUCACCAUCUCCUCCCUAAACCUAGAGGAGUUACCCCUGUAUAAGGACAGACUGGAGGUCACGUUCUAUGCAGGCCGCUACAGCACCGGUACAGACAGGAAGUUCACACUGUUGGAGGAAGUGUUCAGGAAGUUUCCUAAGAUGCCAAUCAACAUCGAGAUCAAAGAGGACAACAGCUUGCUGAUGGAGAAAGUGUCCAACAUGGUGAAACAGUAUGAUAGAGAGGACCUCACAGUGUGGGCGACUGUAGACUCUACCAUUAUGAAAAAGUGCUGCAGAACUAACUCCACCAUGCCCUAUAGUUUCAGUAUGAGACGAGGGCUGCAGCUGCUCCUCCUUUACUACAGCGGCCUGCUGCCCUUUGUACCGCUGGGAGAGAGCUUCCUGCAGUUCUACCUGCCCCGCAUUAUCAACAGGACAUAUAUUCCUGAGGAGCGUCUUCUGAAGAACAGAAUGGUCAUCUAUCUGAUAGAAAAAUUAACAAUGAGGAAGAGUCUAUUCAAACAUCUGGUCAACAGAGGAAUUCAGGUGCACCUGUUCGUCUGCAACGAGGAUCCGGACAUCGAGGCGGCGUUCGAAGCAGGAGCCACAGGCGUCAUGACAGACUACCCCACCCUCUUGACUAACUACCUACACAGACACAGGAAUCAAGAUUGACAGCCCAAACCUCCAAUCAAACUACUGAUUCCCAAACAGGGUUCUUGACUGCAGCUCAAGCUACCUAUCAAGAGACCUCCACGCGUACGUUGUUUAUCACUGAAAGAACCACACUGAAAUCACAAUUUUCCUUCACAACUCCGGUCUCCACCAAUGAGCAAAAGGACCGUUCUGUGAGGAAGUUGCCUGAAAAGCACAGAUCCAAGACCAGCGUAACCUUCCCAAAUCCCAACCUUAACCAUAAAACCAACCUCUGAUCAAUGUCUUUAGGCAACUUCAUUCCAUCAAAAUAAUUAAUAAUAAUAAUAAUAAAAAAUCUUUAUAAAUAAAUAAAAAAUACAACAAGAAAGAUAAUAAAAA